UCGGGACGGACUUUAGCGCGUUAAUGGUAAUGAGAGUAGCCUAAUGUCUGUUCGUUUAGUUUUGGGGUCACUGAGUAAUGUUAGUGUGUUUACUGUGAAGCUCUAUCGAUGGGUGUUUUGAAAGUUUACCUUGUUGCAGGUAUACAUAUUUUCUAUUAGAAAUUGUCUAAACAUUUUUGAGCGAACUGUAUUGACUUACGCGCAUUUCAUUAUUUGCGAAAAUGACUUGUUUUUACAACAAUAUCCCACAUCCGUGCGAGGGAGAUAUUAUAUACAUUCCCUUGAAUUAUGACCAUUUCUCCUUUCAGGCUAAUGUAUUUUACUGUAUCAGGUCUCCAUGCGUUCAACAGCUGUUGAUACAAAGUAUCUUGUGCGUAAAGCUUCGAGGAUAGACAUAUGGCUACUGUAUUCUACAUCUGGAAUUCAUUCUCCAGUCGCUGAAAGCUACUCUGUAGAAUGGUUUCAUUUUGAAACAGGGAAUACUUAUAUUCCUGCAUACUGUAAUAGUGAAUAUAUCCAUAUCUGCAGCAGUACACCGGUCUUUGGCAGUAGGCUGUAGGGGAAAUAUUCGAUGUCAGUCUCUGCAGUCAAGAAUGUUGAUGUGCGGUGAUUGUCGUGUACAGAUGGCUGGCUUCACUGCACGCGCGUGCCACUGGCAAAAACAUUGGCGCCUGUUCUGAUUGCAGUUUGGAAUGAACACUGCUGUAGGCCUACAGAUAUUGAUGUAGCCUAAAUUAUUACUGUUUUACAAAAUGUAUACUGGUGUAGCCUAUUUGAUGUCAAGGUUAUGUUGGUUAUGUUUUGCACUUUGAGUGUUGGACAUCUUAUCUUUUAUUACAUUUUUCCCCCACAUCACUCUGGAUCAACUUGAAUGCAAUUCCGGAUGGAACCUGGAUGUGCUGUAUGAUUUAUCAUGGGUAAAUCGUCAUGACGACAGAACCAAAUUCAGAGUCCAGCGCGGACCAGCAGGAGGCCAGUGCGGUUCCACUCCUAGAGGCGGACUCUUUCCCCCCGGCCGCCGCCCACAGCACGCCUGUCAGGAAGAAGCAGAAGGGCGAGAGAGCGGAGGGAGGCGUGGUCCCACAGGAGAAUCAGCUUGAGCCAUCGCAGGUGGAGGAGGACAGGACCUCACACAGGUCGUCCACCAGUAAGCUGUCCAGGUCUCCCGGUGGAGGCCGGAGCGUCCGCAGCUACAAGACCAUGCAGUGCAAGGUCACCCUGCUUGAUGGCUCCGACUACACCUGUGUGGUGGAGAAACGGGAGAGAGGCCAUGUGUUAUUCCACAAAGUUUGUGAGCAGCUUAACCUCCUGGAAAAGGACUACUUUGGCAUCACAUUCCGGGAUAUCGAAAACCAAAAGAACUGGUUAGACCCAUCUAAAGAGAUGAAGAAACAGAUCAGAGGUGCGUGGAAUAUGGGAGUCGCCUGGAAUUUUUCAUUCAACGUGAAGUUUUACCCUCCAGACCCUGCCCAGCUGUCUGAGGAUAUUACAAGAUAUUACCUGUGCCUCCAGUUGAGAGAUGACGUGGUGUCGGGGCGUCUGCCCUGCUCGUUUGCCACCCACACAGUGCUGGGAUCCUACACAGUCCAAUCAGAGCUGGGGGACUACGAUCCAGAGGAGUCUGGGACAGACUACGUCAGCGAGUUCCGCUUUGCCCCCAACCAAACCAAGGAGCUGGAGGAGAAGGUCAUGGACCUGCACAAGAACUACAAAGGAAUGAUGCCAGCUGAGGCUGAGAUGCACUUCCUCGAGAACGUGAAGAAGCUGUCCAUGUACGGAGUGGACCUUCACCAUGCCAAGUUGGUAGGAAGCCUGUUUGAGUGCUUGUCUCCAGCUAAGGGCGAGGAUUCUGAGGGUGUUGAGAUCAUGUUAGGCGUGUGCUCCAGUGGUCUUCUGAUCUACCGCGAUCGCUUGCGUAUCAACAGGUUCGCCUGGCCCAAGGUCCUCAAGAUCUCCUACAAAAGGAAUAAUUUCUACAUCAAAAUACGCCCUGGAGAGUUUGAGCAGUUUGAAAGUACAAUUGGGUUCAAGCUCCCCAACCAUAGGGCGGCCAAGAGAUUAUGGAAGGUUUGCGUGGAGCACCACACCUUUUUCAGGUUGGUGUCUCCAGAAACUCCCCCCAAGAAGUUCCUGAACCUGGGUUCUAAGUUCCGCUACAGCGGGAGAACCCAGGCCCAGACUCGACGAGCGAGCUCCCAGAUCGUCCGCCCAGCGCCCUGCUUUGAGCGCUCCACCAGCAAGCGCUACAUCAUGUCUCGCAGCCUGGACGGAGCUCCGCAGAGUACACCCAAAAGGAGUUCACCCAAUAGGAGUUCACCCAAAAGGAGUUCACCCCAAAAAACUGUAUCACCGAGAAUUAAACCACCUGCUAGUUUAAACGGCACUAAACCAACAGAGAUGGGCUCGGAUCUAUACGGAAGGGCGAAGGGCAUUGCCGUGAGUGACCUCAUCACCACAGUGACACCGGAGAAAAAGGUAGAAGAGAGGAAGGCAGAGGAAGAGGUGGAAGUAGAGGUGCAGGUGGAGGUGGAGGAGGAAGACGAGACCACGAAAGCCACCGAGAUGUCUCAGCCAAGUCCAACCUCUCCCAUUCGACAUGACACCAAGACGGAACUGACUGACACUUGUGUCGAUGGUGAACUGACAGCUACUGAGUCGGACCAAGACGACGAGUCUGAGUUAAAGACACAGGACACAGUGGGCACGCCAGAGGAGCUGUUGAAACACGCAACCAACAUCAGCGAGCUCAAGAGGUCGUUCCUGGAGACUGGUGCCGACACGGCCGGCCUCACCGAGUGGGAGAAGAGGCUGUCCUCGUCCCCCCUGCGCUCGCUGCGCCUCGACGAAGCCCCUAUGAUCGAACCACUGGAGCUUGAUGAAGUAGCGAGCAAAGAGGAUGAGAGAGAGGAUGAGAGAGUCAUGGCUGCAGGCGGCAGCAUUGAGGAGGAGAUCAACCACAGCCCUAUGGAUACUAAGACUACUGUGCCUAAGCCGACCUUUGAGGAGAUGUCCCCGGAGCUCACCGCUCUCUUACAUUCGGCCCGAUAUCAGACCAGCACGGGGGGUUGGACUGCCUCGCCUGCCCAUAGUCAGGCCCUGCUCAAGACAACAGAGAAGGUGGAGCGGAUCGUGCUGCAGACAGAGGUGGUAUCAUCACAGCAAACAGAAGAGGUUGAGGAUCAGCCGAAAGAACAGCCGGCAGAGGACCAGGAGCAGCCGGUGGAGAAACAGCCUGACGACCGGCCUGACGGCAUGGAGAAACAAGCUGGUCAGCAGCCUGAGCAGACAUCUGCACUGGAGUCUCCAGAGGUCCUAACCUUCAACAGGGCAGACGUGAUGGAAGAGACAGAGAUGCUGGUGCCCCAGGACGUACCUGUAAUACACACGGAAAUGAAAACCAUCACAUACCGGUCACUAGAGGGUGACGCUGACACUGAUACAGAGGCGGGGGUGUUGAUGAGCGCCCAGACCAUCACCUCAGAGACCACCAGCACCACAACAACCACACAUAUCACCAAGACUGUGAAAGGAGGAAUCUCGGAAACGAGGAUCGAGAAGAGAAUCGUCAUCUCGGGGGAUGCAGACAUAGACCAUGACGAGGCCCUGGCUCAGGCCAUAAAAGAGGCCAAAGAGCAGCACCCUGACAUGUCAGUGACCAAAGUAGUGGUCCACAAAGAGACUGAGAUCACGCCCGAGGAGGGCGAAGAGUGACCGCAGGAUUGAAGGAUCACUGGGUUCACCGACGUUUCAGGGGCAUUCUGUUAACGUUACUUCACGCUCUUCAGAGUCUGAGAUGCAAGCCGGAUAGUGACGUUGCCAACAGACAACACACCACUGUAGAGGACACUACUAUACUACUCCGUCUGACUACUACUGGACUAACCUAACCCACACUCACCCACACUACUGGCAAAUACAGACCUCCAAAGCUGGCCAGACCUUCAUUGGAACAUGUAUACUGCAUGAAAAGGGAUAAUUUCUGCAUUUUGUAAAGGAGAAAACAAAUACAUUGGAGGAAAUAUCAAAUUAUAUACAUGUUUUACUUGACCUGUGCACUCAGGCUCAAAGGGAGAAGAAUGUAUGUCAUGAGAGUUUUGAGUUAUGAUAGUAUACUCUGUUUUAUUUAUUAUCGAACUACAAUAAUAGUAGCUAGGCUGAACGUGUAUGAUGGCACAAUAUUUAUCCAUGCAAUAGAUGUGACAUUCAUCUUGCCAUACGUCCCCUUAUUUAUCCCAAUGCUGAUUUUAUUCCAUUUUACAUACAGUAUUGCCUGGAAAAAGGCAAACAUAAUAUGUAUGGUACAUACAUUUGCUUAGUAGACCAUAUACCCUCAAAGAUGAUUGUUGUUUUUACUUUAAUUGUAAAUAAGUUCAUUUGGUUUUUCUUCAAUUACAAAGUAAAGAUGAGUAUAAUGAGGCAAGAUCUCGUAGAAUUGUGUUAGAAGGGAAUGUUAAACAGACUCCAUUACUGGGACUUCCGAGUUGAUCAAGAAAACCCUUAUAAUAUAUGUAUUCACAUGGUGGUCGGUGGAUUGAAAGUUCUUGUUGGGUUGUUUCUGAAAUGACACCCUAUAACCUAUAUAGUGGGCUUUGGUCAAAAGCAGUGCACUAUGUAGAGAAUAGAGUGCCAUUUUAGACAGUCUUGCUCAUUCUUAAAUCAUACCCAGAAUGCACCUCUUAUCCCUGCGUGGCACAUCCAAGCCUUAAAACUGUGAAGAACGGACAGACAACCUCCACUACAACCCUGCAAUGUGUGUUUUAUUUCUCCAAGGCCGAUGUGUUAGCGGCCAUCCAACACAGGGGCAUCAUGCUCAUUGAACCUGAGGUGACAUGCUCCCCUCAAUGUAAACAACUGGGAUGAGAAUGAAUCAUUAGUAGUGUCUUAUAUAAAAAAUAAGACAUAUGUUUGGUCAUCGGUUCCCCCUCAGAUAUUAGGAGCAUGAUGCCUCUGAUCCCACUCCCCUCAACAGCUGCAAAAUCAUCCAUGUUGAAUGCGUUUCCCACAAGAUAAAUAAAAUGCUAAAUUCA